GCUUCACAACCAGUGUCCUGUUCUAUAUGGAAUAGCAGUCAAAUGAAACAUUUCCUUCCAGCCCAGGUUCACAUAUGUCUCGCCCUCGAUUCGCCCAGGGAUUGUUGUGAUUUGUUGAUCCCUCUCACUCCAACGAACAGGCAGCAAACGCGCCAAUUCCCCCACAGCCUCUCGACCCUUCGAGACACGCGAAACAGCUACUCUUCACAGCCUCCUUCUAGACGGCAAGACUCCAAUGUUCUCUCCAUUCCGUUGAAAGGUAGACACCAUGGCAGACACAAUUACCAUCCUUGUUGCCACCGACAACCAUGUCGGAGCCCACGAACGAGACCCGAUCCGAGGCGACGACUCCUGGAAGACGUUCCAUGAGAUCAUGUGUCUGGCCAAAGAUCGAGACGUUGACAUGGUUCUUCUCGCCGGUGACCUCUUCCACGAGAACAAGCCCUCACGAAAGUCCAUGUACAAUGUCAUGCGGUCCCUGAGACUCAACUGCCUGGGUGACAAGCCUUGUGAACUCGAAAUGCUGUCCGACGAGUCAGAACAUUUCGACACCACCUUCGACCAUGUCAACUACGAAGACGCCAAUAUCAAUGUCGGGAUCCCAGUUUUCUCCAUCCACGGUAACCAUGAUGACCCUACCGGAGAAGGCCACUACUCGGCCCUAGACCUGCUUGCGGUUUCCGGACUGGUCAACUACUACGGGAAGACCCCUCAGAGUGAUAAUAUCGUAGUCAAGCCGGUUUUGAUACAGAAAGGCCGCACCAAACUAGCUCUGUACGGUCUCUCCAACGUUCGAGAUGAGCGCCUUCAUCGAACAUUCCGGGACGGCAAGGUCAAGUUCCACCGCCCAAGUAAGCAGAUGGGCGAUUGGUACAACCUGAUAUGCGUCCAUCAAAACCAUCAUGCACAUACAGAGACAUCGUAUCUGCCCGAGAACUUCCUACCAGAUUUUCUGGAUCUCGUCAUAUGGGGUCAUGAACACGAGUGUGACAUCGAACCCAGACUCAAUCCAGAGAUGAACUUCAAGGUUAUGCAACCGGGCUCCUCUGUCGCCACCUCAUUGAUCCCAGGCGAGGCUGUCCCCAAGAAGGUUGCAAUUCUUACCAUCACCGAUCGAGAAAUGGCGUGCGAACCAAUUCGGCUGAAAACUGUCCGUCCGUUUGUCUACAAAGACAUUGCCCUUGCUGCUGACAAGGACGCCGUCAGGAUCGCUAAAUCAAAAGAUGAUCAUCGUGCGGAGCUAACCCGACAUAUGAUCAAGAUCGUUGAUGGACUGAUUGAGCAAGCCAAGGAAGAAUGGUUGGAGGCGCAAGAAGAAAGACAGUAUCCAGACGAGGAACAGGAAGAAUGCCCCUUGCCCUUGAUCAGACUGCGCGUUGAAACGACCUCGGCGGACGGCAUCGGCAAGUUCGACAUUGAGAAUCCGCAACGCUUUUCCAAUAGGUUCAUCGACAAGGUAGCCAACACCAACGACGUGGUACAGUUUCACGUCAAGAAGAAGAACGCAGCGGCUCGCGUGGCUCGAGAUGCCCAAGCGGACAAGGAGAUCAUGGCCAGAGUGCAAGGUCUAGAAGCCAUCAAGGUUGAAAACCUCGUCCGAGAGUUCCUUCAAGCCCAAUCCUUAACCAUACUCCCCCAAAAUUGUUUCGGCGAGGCCGUGAGCCAAUACGUGGACAAGGAUGACAGACACGCGAUGGAGUUGUUUGUGAACAAAUCCCUCGCAGAUCAAAUUAAGCACCUCGUUAGACUGCAAACCGACGCGAAUGACGCCGACGACAAUGAUGAAGACCUGGCUAUCCAGAUCCAAGAACAACGUGCAAAGAUGGAAGAAAUGUUUGUAAAGGGGGAGCUCAAGAUGCCCAGGAAUAAGACAAGGUACAAACCGCAGCCGGCCAGUUGGGAUAGUGACGCCGAUGGACCAUGGGAGGAAAAUCCUGAGGCGUUACUGCUUGGCUCGGAGGAUUUAGAAAGUAGACACGGGGAAGAAGACGAAGACGGUGAGGAUGGGACACCUGCUCCCGUGACAACGGCAGCGAGAGGGAGGGGAAGAGGAAGAGGUGGUCGAGCCGGUUCAUCGGCGACGACCACUACUCGCAAAACGACGGCCGCAGCGAAGAAAUCUGCCGCGAAGACGACUACCUCACGAGCGCGGAAACGCGCGGUCUCAGACGAUGAAGAGAGUGAAGAAGAGCACGACGAUGUAAUCAUGCAAGAUGAGGACGAAGAAGUCGACUCUCAGGCCAUGUUCGUUCCCGAAAAAAGCAAGACCACCACCGCAAGUACGCGAGCGCGCAACACAACACCAGCAGCCAGUACCACGACAACCCGAGGCGGAGCCAGGACGAAGCCUACCUCUUUCGCAUCAUCGACGCCGGCGACCAAGAAGCCACCGGCCCGCGCUGCAGCUUCGAGGCAGAAACAGUCGACCCUCAGUUUCACGACGUCACAGAAUAGCAUUCUAGGGAAUGGAAGGAGCAUAGGUGCGAGUCGGAGUCAAAGCUACGAGCAGAUCGAUGACGAUGACGACGACGACGCAUUUGAACCCGCCCCGCCCACGAGGAAGAGGCGAUGAAUCGUCGCGUGCGCCGAGCAACAGUAUCUCUUGCAGAAGCAUCAGGUUACAUAUGUACUUGUCUAAAUAGAGAAAUCUACCCUCCGGACUGGUAUGCCUAGUGGGAGAAAAGUUGAGAGCAAGUGUCAGGGAGUCCAUAUCAGCAUUCGAACGACUCGGGCAUUUGCCUGGCGACAUCAGAGUUACGGUUGCGCAUGGAUGCGAGAUGUCAUAGCUUUGGCCUCGCAGCGGGUCCAUCAAUUCAGUCGACAAACGGCCAGCAAGCUGGGGGAUAUGUGCCAUAAUAAUAGACGUUUGUCUCUUCCG